CAGCUUCCGACCUCCGUUGGUGGAGUUGAUGAGGCUUGAGAUACCGUCGGCGUCCAAAACGAGAGUCUUUUUCUUUGCGAAGCUCCAAGCCAUCUCUCCGCCUCUCUCUCGCCGAUGGCGCGGCGAUCGCAUCUGACGCACGUGGGGUGCAUCGCCUGCGACGAGAUGGAGGAGCUGGGCGCCGGCGAGCGGGAGGGGUGGCUCGACGACCCCGGCCUCCUCGCCGCCCUCCACCCCCACGCCCUCGCCCUCGCCCACUCCGCCCGCUCCCUCGUCCUCGUCCUCGGAUGGGACCGGGACCCCGAUCCCUCUUCCCCCCGCCAACCCCUUAAGAUCCGCCCGUCCCUCGCCGCCGACGAAGGCCACAUCUCCGCCAUCGAGUGGCUUCCAUUUGGCGACCUCCUCGCCCUCGCCCUCGCUACCUCCGCCGGCCACCUCUUCGUCUACUCCUUGACCGGCGAUCUCAUCCACAAGCAGAUUAUACACUCUGGACGUGUGCUGAGGCUGAGAUUUCGCGAAACUAAGGUCGGUUCUUCGCAAGAUUCGGUGGCUUCUAUGGAGCUUUGUGUGGUCUUGCCAGGUGUGAUUGCCCGAUUUGAUGGCUCAGACAUCCAGAGUUUGCUUCAAAGAUGGUUUCAAGAGGAAAGGUCGCGAAUCUUCGAGAAUAGGUUCCAGAAUAGGAAUACAGUGGAUGAAAAUUCCUAUGGGAGGAUACCGUUUCAGCUAUGGAAUGUUAGCAAGUUUGGGUCUUGUGCUGAUGCCGCCAUCACGGGGUUGAUGCCCCCUCCUCUUUUGGAGCUCCAGUCAAGUCAGCGCUAUUACUGUGCAGUUGCGAUUGGAGAGGAUGCUGCGAUAUCAGCAUACAGGCUUUCAGAGGAUAGGAGCAGGUCCUUAGUUGGAGCUAUCCUGUCAAAGGUUGUGCCUGCAACAUUUUCGACCCUGGCAUCAUUUUCCAAAAUGUUAUGGCGGAGUGAGCAAACCUCGCCAAAGAAGCCCCGCCUAAAACCCCAGCCAUUUGCUAAAGCAUCACCUUUAACAUGUUUGAAGGAUCCCCCAAGGAAGGGAGAGAAACUCACAUUGUCCCCGGGUGGUACAUUGGCUGCCAUAACAGAUUCUCUUGGUCGUAUCCUGUUACUUGACACCCAGGCACUUGUUGUUGUGCGGCUGUGGAAGGGGUAUCGUGAUGCAUGCUGUCUGUUCAUCGAGAUGCUGGUAAACAGAGAUAAAGCAUCAAGUUCCGCGUACUAUGAGCAUACAAAAGGUGACUAUUGCUUGUGUCUGGCAAUUCAUGCACCUCGCAAAGGGAUAAUUGAGGGACCAUCUUUGGAAUUUGUGGGAGAUUAUUGGGACCAACUCGGUUUUUCUGUAGUUCACUUCUUAUCAAGCUCUAUCAAAUCUUCCUAUCUUGUAACUAUUAUCAAAACUUUGCUCCAGUCGGGGGCUUGUGGAGGGUCAUUCACUUGCUGCUUGAAUUUAAACUACCAAAAUAAAAGACAGGCUUUCCUUCAAGCUAGUCUUCCAGGUUUCACUUUGGAUGUAGCACAUACUAUUGUCAUUCACCUACACGAUCUGGAAGAUGCGAACUGGCCCACGUGUCCUUACCAUCCAGUGUCCUAAAGGAAGCAAAAUUUUGCAGCCAUCAACUAGGUUUGUAUCAUCAACCUCAUCAUACAUCCCUCUGGAGGUUUUCCUAUUGAAUGGAGAUUCUGGACAAUUAUCUGUAUUGAAUAGAUCAUUUGGUUGAAAAUAAUUGUACACUAUAUCAUUUAACCAAGUUGGAUUUUCAGUCAUGAUGUUUAUAGCUGAAUGUGGUAUAUCUCAUUUUAAUGGAGAUUUAUUAGGAUACAGGGGUUGUUUUCUCUUUAAAUUUUACACCUGAAUUUCCUAAAAAAGAAUCACUGGUGGGAGAGCUGUGAAGCCUUAACCAUUUUCUGAAUCUAUAUGAUGUUCUGAA